UGGGAUUUAGGCGCGAGCGGUUGAAAGUCGGUUGGUAUCGGUUCGGCCGCCGAGGUGCCGUCCCACCCCCCAGCCCGCUCCAUGGCGGACCCGGAGGAGCUGCGGCUUUCCCCGCAGCCGCCGCCCUCCUCUGCCUCGUCUUCAGACGCGUCUUCAGCAUCUUCCCCCGGCACCCCGGGGGGUUUGGGCCGGCCGGUUCCGAACAGGAACAGCGGCCGGCCGGUGGACCCGCUGGAGGAGGUGGAGCUGCAGAUCGGAGACGCAGCAUUUUCAUUAACCAAACUUCUUGAAGCUGCAUCUGCAGUAUCAGCUCAAGUGGAAGAGCUUGCCUUCAAAUGUACAGAAAAUGCACGUUUCCUUAAAACAUGGCGGGACCUCUUGAAAGAAGGCUAUGAUUCCUUGAAGCCUGACAACUGAUUUGACUGUAAUAAUCCAUACCACCUCAUUUAUGAUGUGUGCACAUGUACCGUGUGGAUAGGAUAAUCACCAGCAGUUCUGUAUACAGAAGAUGAAAUUUUCCUUGGUUUUCUUCAUUUUGUGAAAACAGAAUAUGAUGUUAUUUUUGAUGCUGACCCGUUUAUCUUUAAACACUUUCUGUUCUCUAAACUUUCAGAGACUCUUCUAUGAAAGUUAAUCAGUAGAUAAUAUUAAUAAUGCCACAGUGCUACCAGUAGCAAACUAGGUGGACCAUUACUCUCUUCAGUUUGCAAGAAGAUAUCAAAAAUGGCAGAGUUUGAAGUCGAGCUUUAUUAUAUGGACCAAUGUUAGAUUCAGCUCCAUUAGGCUAAGUUUCCUAGAACCAAUGAUUGUGUCUUAUUACUUAUAUAUGUCCAGCAGCUAGAAGUCUGUUACACAACAAUCACUAAAUGUUUGAUGAAUAAGAGUUGACAACGCAGUUAAAAGCUGUUUUUUCUUCCUGUUUUUAGCAUAAAGAUUAUAAUUGUUUCUCGAAAAGAUAUUUGAGUCAGAACCUCAUUGACCUGAAGGAAAAUGUUGUCUUUUUUUUUUUAAACAGGAUUUUGAUCUUUAACUGCUGACAGCUUUUUAAAAUAUAUGAUAAAUAUUUUUCACCCUUCUAUGAUGCUUUCCAAAAAAGCUUUUACUGAAACCUGUCUUGAAAGAAUGCCUAUUUUUUUUCCUAAGGUUAACUGCUUUUAUGGAUAUUUCUCAUAUUUGAUGUUGUUAUAUGUUUGCUCUCUUUAACGUGCCUUAUCAAAAUUGUGGCUCUGUGUUAUUACUUUUGGAGCUUGGCAAGUAAUAAUUCUAAAUUCUAAAUAUAAUUCUAAACAAGUUACUUUAAAAAAAUACAUCAAAUUUAAAUGAUGUAAUUAUUUUCCUAUUAUUUGAUCUUCAUGACAGUGUUCUAUUUUACUUGUCCCGUAUCUUACGUUGCGCUCCCUCUCUCUCUCUUUCUCUUUUUUGUUGGGUUUGUGUCGUAUAUGUCAGUGAUUGAACCAACUAAUUCUCUUGCUGUGUAACUUCUGGAUGCCUCUGAUACAGUAUCUUACUUCUUUGUAGGUAAGGAGGUAUGUACAGAACUAUAUUCCCAAGCCCCACAAUGGGCCUGUGAAAGGGGACACAUGGAUGGACAAAGGAUAGUUUAGCAUAUUAGGUCAUGGUUCUUGAUUAAUUUUUUUAAGUUAAGGAUAACACAUAUGGUGUGUUCCUAUACCAAAGAGAUGCUUAUUUUGAUAUUAGAAAACGGUUUUUCUUAUGUGUCAUGAAAAUUGCAAUUUUUAAAAUGUACAAAAAUAAACUUUUGCUCAA